UUGUGUGCUCUAUCUGACCCUCUAUUACACUAAUCUCACAAGUUUUAUCGCCUAAAAACUUCCAUUGAAGUCUAUAUAAGUAUGUGUAUCUAAUGUGAUUUUAUAUAUAUAUAUACACACAAAAAUAUUUAUUAUCAUAGAUCAGGAAAAUAAUUAUCGAUGGGGCUUUUCUAUCCAUUUUUUGAACGGGUUAAACCGGUGUUGUGAUCUUUUUACUCUGUUAAUUAUACGGUGAUUUUAAGAAGAGUACAAAUCAAAUUUGCUAGAUCACACAUUCGCAGCUCUCUCUCUCUAUAGAAUUUUCUUCACAUGCUUUCUUCUCGCCGGUGAUGCAACCCUCCGACUGUUGGCACUCUCCAUAAGGAGUCAUAAACCUUAAGGCUCUCAAGGGCACCUAACUCGGUUUAUAGUGGGAAUAUGGAAUCGCCUGAUUAUCCAGUGUCCGGUGCAGCCAAUCGUUUAAGGGAUACAUCUGUUGUUGUUGUUACACUGGAUACCAGUGAAGUAUAUAUUAUUGUCAGCUUGUCUACUAGAACAGAUACUCAGGUGAUUUUUGUUGAUCCAACUACUGGAGCACUCAUCUAUACUGGAAAGCUGGGUUUUGAUGUUUUCAACUCCCAAAAUGAAGCACUAGAUUAUGUAACAAAUGGAUCAAAGUGGCUUUGCAAGAGUGUAAUAUAUGCCAGGGCAAUAUUGGGUUAUGCAGCCCUUGGGAGUUUUGGGUUACUGCUUGUUGCAACAAAGUUGACUGCCAGCAUUCCAUAUUUGCCUGGUGGAGGGUGUGUAUUUACAGUGACUGAGAGCCAGUGGAUUAAAAUCUCACUUCAAAAUCCUCAACCUCAGGGUAAAGGUGAAGUAAGAAAUGUUCAAGAAUUGACUGACCUUGAUAUUGAUGGAAAGCAUUAUUUUUGUGAAACUAGGGACCUCACUCGGCCUUUUCCAAGCCGUAUGCCCUUGCAAAAUCCUGAUGACGAAUUUGUUUGGAAUUGGUGGUUUUCAAUGCCCUUCAAAAACAUUGGGCUGUCGCAGCAUUGUGUCAUUCUUAUGCAGGGGUUUGUAGAGUGUAGAAAUUUUGGGAGCUUAGGUCAGCAAGAAGGAGUAGUUGCUCUCACAGCUCGUCGUAGCAGGCUGCAUCCUGGUACUCGAUACUUGGCAAGGGGCUUAAAUUCAUGCUUUAGCACAGGCAAUGAAGUUGAAUGCGAGCAACUUGUAUGGGUUCCCAAAAGGACAGGCCCAAGUGUUCCUUUCAACACAUACAUCUGGCGACGGGGCACCAUUCCUAUCUGGUGGGGUGCAGAAUUAAAGAUCACGGCUGCAGAAGCAGAAAUAUAUGUUUCUGACCGUGAUCCUUAUAAAGGAAGUGCACAGUACUAUCAGAGGUUGAGUAAGAGAUAUGAUGCACGAAACCUAGAUGUCGCCGUUGGUGGGAAUCAGAAAAAAGCUGCUUUGGUUCCAAUCGUGUGCAUCAACUUGCUUAGAAAUGGAGAAGGAAAAUCAGAAUCCAUUUUAGUUCAGCAUUUUGAGGAAUCCCUGAACUAUAUCAGAUCAACCGGAAAACUUCCUCAUACUCGCGUUCAUUUAAUAAAUUAUGAUUGGCAUGCCAGCAUAAAAUUGAAAGGUGAACAGCAAACAAUUGAAGGAUUGUGGUAUCUUUUAAAAGCUCCCACAGUAGCUAUAGGCAUUUCUGAAGGGGACUAUCUGCCCUCACGUCAGCGAAUAAAGGAUUGCAGAGGGGAAAUCAUCUAUAAUGAUGACUUUGAAGGUGCCUUCUGCUUAAGAUCACAUCAAAAUGGAGUGAUACGUUUUAAUUGUGCUGACUCUUUGGAUAGAACCAAUGCUGCUAGUUUUUUUGGUGCCCUUCAAGUUUUUGUAGAGCAAUGUAGACGGCUAGGAAUAUCACUUGAUAGUGAUUUUGCAUUUGGUUAUCAGUCAACAAAUAAUUAUGGUGGAUAUACUGCUCCACUGCCACCAGGUUGGGAGAAACGGUCUGAUGCUGUAACUGGGAAAACAUAUUAUAUUGAUCACAACACUAGGACUACAACUUGGAAUCAUCCCUGUCCAGAUAAACCUUGGAAGAGGUUUGAUAUGACAUUUGAAGAGUUUAAGAGAUCAACGAUUUUAUCACCAAUUUCUCAACUAGCUGAUAUUUUUCUGCUUGCUGGAGAUAUACAUGCAACAUUAUAUACUGGUUCUAAAGCAAUGCACAGCCAAAUUCUUAGCAUAUUUAGUGAGGAAGCAGGCAAGUUUAAACAGUUUUCUGCAGCGCAGAAUAUGAAAAUUACUUUACAGAGAAGGUAUAAGAAUGCAGUUGUAGAUAGCUCUCGUCAGAAGCAGUUAGAGAUGUUCCUUGGAUUGAGGCUCUUCAGGCAUCUUCCAUCAGUUUCAGUUCAACCUUUACAUGUACUCUCUCGGCCAUCUGCUUGCCUUCUUAAGCCAGUUCCCAAUAUGUUUACAAGUUCUGAUGAUGGAGCCAGUCUUCUCAGUUUUAAGAGAAAAGACCUAAUAUGGAUUUGCCCCCAGGCUGCAGAUGUAGUUGAACUUUUUAUCUAUCUUGGUGAGCCUUGUCAUGUUUGUCAGCUACUCCUCACAAUUUCUCAUGGUGCGGAUGAUUCAACUUUUCCGUCAACGGUUGACGUGAGAACCGGACGCUAUUUGGAUGGGCUUAAACUUGUUGUUGAGGGAGCUUCUAUACCUCAAUGUGUGAAUGGGACAAACAUUUUGAUACCCUUACCGGGACCAAUUAGUGAAGAGGAUAUGGCUGUCACUGGAGCAGGUUCCCGCCUUCAUGCCCAAGAUACGUCUAGUCUUCCGUUAUUAUAUGAUUUUGAGGAACUGGAGGGAGAAUUGGACUUCCUUACUCGUGUUGUUGCACUCACAUUUUAUCCCGCUGUGUCUGAAAGUCCAAUUACUCUUGGUGAGGUAGAGGUUCUUGGAGUUUCUCUUCCAUGGAGGGGUGUAUUUAGUCAAGAAGGCAUUGGUGCAAAAUUAUGUGAACAUGCCAAUAAUUUACGGACGGAAACCACCAACCCAUUUUUGUCUGGUGCCGAUGCCAAUCCCUUUGGUGCUUCUUUAUCCGAUGAAAAAGUUUUGCCACAAGUGCACCCAGAUGCAUCUACCAACCCAUGGAUAGACCUUCUGACUGGAGGAGACACACUUCCAGAAACCAUUUUACAACCAGAGAUUGGAAAUGUUGCAAGUGAGGGUGGUAAUUUACUUGACUUUUUGGAUGAUGCUAUUGUUCAACAACUGAAUGGUGGAACUGAUUCAAAUAUCUCUUCAUCACAAGAUGAAAAACCGUCAGACAAUGGUGUUCAGCAGUACAUAAACUGUCUCAAAUUCCUGGCAGGCCCACAUAUGGAAAGGAAAUUGGGUUUUACAGAAGCCAUGAAACUUGAAAUUGAACGUCUUCGACUUAAUCUUUCUGCUGCUGAACGGGAUAGAGCUUUAUUAUUAAUUGGAACUGAUCCUGCUACUAUAAAUCCAAAUAUGUUGCUUGAUGAUUCUUACAUGGGAAGAUUGUGCAGGGUUGCAAACAGCCUUGCAGUGCUUGGCCAUGUUUCACUUGAAGACAAAAUCACUGCUUCUAUUGGUCUUGAGACCAUUAAUGAUAAUGCUAUAGAUUUCUGGAAUAUUACUGGGGUUGGUGAGAGCUGUUCUGGUGGCAUGUGUCAGGUUCGUGCUGAAACUGGAGCACCUGGACACACAUCAUCCACAGUUUCAUCUUCUGGGGAUUCACAGUCUAUCCUUUUGUGUUCUGAAUGUGAGAGAAAAGUUUGUAAAGUUUGUUGUGCUGGGAGAGGAGCUCUUCUAUGUGCUGCCUAUAACACGAGGGAGGUUUCAAACUAUAAUGGUUUAUCAAGUCAGGGUGGAUCAAACCAUGGGAGCGCAGACCUAUCUUCAAAUCGUUUGGUAACAAUGGAUGGGGUUAUUUGUAAACAAUGCUGCCAUGAGAUUGUGCUUGAUGCAUUGAUCUUGGACUAUGUCAGGGCCUUGAUUAGCCUGCGAAGAAGUGCUCGUGCAGACAGCGCUGCACAUAAUGCUUUGGACCAUGUGAUGGGAUUUUCUUCAGGAGAUUUUCUUUCUGAAAAAUAUCAGUCUUCUGAUAGUCAGGGAAGUUUGAAGAUCUUAAGAGAGUUACUUAAUGGAGAGGAAUCACUUGCCGAAUUUCCAUUCGCCAGCUUCUUACAUCCGGUUGAAACAGCAGCAGGUUCAGCACCAUUCUUGUCGUUGCUUACUCCAUUCAAUUCUGGCUCACGUCAUUCAUACUGGAAAGCGCCCCCCAGUAUCUCCACUGUUGAAUUUGUUAUUGUUCUUGGUAAUCUUUCUGAUGUCUCAGGGAUUGUCCUCCUUGUUAGUCCCUGUGGCUAUUCAAUGUCUGAUGCCCCUACUGUGCAAAUCUGGGCCAGCAAUAAAAUACAUAAGGAAGAAAGAUCGUGCAUGGGAAAGUGGGAUGUUGAAACCCUGACCACAUCUUCGUCUGAACUUUGUGGACCAGAAAAGUCGGGUAAAGAGGCUAAAGUACCGAGGCACAUAAAAUUUGCCUUCCGGAAUCCUGUUCGAUGCCGCAUCAUUUGGAUUACACUACGUCUUAAAAGGGCUGGUUCAAGUUCUGUUAAUUUUGAGAAAGAUUUUAAUCUUUUGUCUUUAGAUGAAAACCCUUUUGCACAACAGAAUAGGCGUGCCUCUUUUGGAGGACCAGUUGAAAGUGACCCAUGUAUUCAUGCAAAAAGAAUUCUAGUAGUUGGAAGCCCAGUGAGAAAGGAUAUAGGGCAUACAUCACAACAAAACUCUGAGCAAAUUAAUUUAAGAAGUUGGUUGGAGAGAGCACCGCAAUUAAAUAGAUUCAGGGUUCCAAUUGAAGCUGAGAGGUUAACCAACAGCGAUCUUGUUUUGGAACAGUAUUUAUCCCCUGCUUCACCUUUGCUGGCAGGAUUUCGUCUUGAUGGUUUCAGUGCAAUAAAGCCUCGAGUUACUCAUUCACCUUCUUCAGAUGUAAAUAUAUGGGACACAUCAUUAAACCUUUUAGAAGACAGACACAUUUCUCCAGCAGUAUUACAUAUUCAAGUUUCUGUUCUUCAGGAACCUCACAACUUGGUUACUGUUGCGGAGUAUCGGUUGCCAGAGGUGAAGGGUGGGACACCCAUGUACUUCGAUUUCCCUAGAAGGAUACAAACUCGCCGAAUCUUAUUCAGGCUUCUUGGAGAUGUAGCAUCAUUUUCAGAUGAUCCAUCUGAGCAAGACGAUUCAGAUUAUAGAGCGCCAUUGGCAGCAGGUUUGUCUUUGACAAAUAGAAUCAAGUUGUAUCACUAUGCAGAUCCCUAUGAACUUGGGAAAUGGGCGAGCCUUUCUGCUGUUUGAUUGCUAUCGUACAAAGAUGACAGGUUUGGGGAAUUGGUUGCAAAUUGGUUUUUGUAGGUUGAUCGAAUUAAUAUUCUUUGUUGUAAUUUAAAUUGUUUGUAAUGGUUUUGUUAUUCAUUAAUGUAAUAAUAGUGGUGUCAUCCAGAAAUUAGAUUAGCUUGUUUUUACUGUGUGCAAGACCAAUUUGGCAAAGAUAAUCUGCCAUUGUUAUCAGAUUCUAAUGUUCCUAUUCUGAAUUUGAUAUAAUAGAAGCUGAGAGAGUUGUUCCUA